GGAGCUGCCAAUCAAAGCAGACAUCCUCUCCUCAGGCUGUGGCUACGAAACAUCUCAGUUGCUGUGUGGAGAGAUUUGACGGAGGGACACUCCUGUACAUGGACCAUCACUGCGCUGCAAUCCGCCUGCCUGCUCACACACACACACGCAUGUAAUGCCUCGGUGAAAUCUGGACGUACACGGUGGAGAAAAUACGCAUGUGAAUAUUUAAUUUUUGCAUGUCAGGAGAGGAGGAACUAGUCGCCGGGUCCGCGGUCUUUUCUUAUCGCUUCCCCCCCCCCUAUGUCACUCUAAUUAAUCGGAGGCAUGUUGAAUCGCACCAGGAUUAGGAAUUGCUUCCCAAUAGUGUGCCUGCUGUUGACGUUAUGGACGGAGGUGUCCCAGUCAACUGGCUAUUUCGAGCUGCAGCUGAUCUCCGUGGAGAAUGUAAACGGCGAGUUGGCGGACGGGGAGUGCUGCGACGGCUCCAAGAGAUCCCAGGACCUGCGCUGCACUGGAGACGAGUGCGACACUUACUUCAAAAUCUGCCUGAAGGAGUACCAGGUGGCGGUCACCACCGACAAGUGCACGUUCGGAUCUGGAUCUACGCAAGUUCUCGGUGGAAAUAUGUUUUCUUUUAAGGGCGCAAAGAAUAACCCGAAUAAAAUCGACGACGCUGGCAAGAUUGUGAUCCCCUUCCAGUUUGCCUGGCCGCGGACGUACACGGUGAUUUUAGAGGCCUGGGACUGGGACAACAGCACACGCAACAUUGAGGACGAGGAAGAGGAGGAGGAGCUGCUGAUCGAACGCAGCAUCCACACAGGGAUGAUCAACCCCGGCGACCAAUGGCAGAACAUCAUGCACAACGGGCCGGUGGCUCACCUCAUGUAUCGCAUCAGAGUGCGGUGUGACGAUAACUACUACAGCAACAAGUGCAACAAGCUGUGUGUUCCUCGCGACGACUACUUUGGCCACUAUCGCUGCGAGCAUUCAGGGGCCCAGGUGUGCCUGAAAGGCUGGAUGGGCUCCGACUGCAGGACAGCAAUCUGCAAGCAAUACUGCGACCUGUUACAUGGCAGCUGCUCCUUCCCCGGGGAAUGCAAGUGCAACUACGGCUGGAAGGGGCAAUUCUGUGACGAAUGUGUGCUGUACCCGGGGUGCAUCCACGGGUUCUGCAACAUGCCGUGGCAGUGCCACUGCGAGAGGAACUGGGGCGGCCUGCUGUGCGAUAAAGAUCUGAAUUACUGCGGUCGCCACCAGCCUUGUGUCAACGAGGGAAUCUGCUUGAACACCGAACCAGAUGAGUACUACUGCGACUGUCCGCAGGGAUACUCUGGCAAGACCUGUGAGAUAGCCAAACACCCCUGUGUUUCCAAUCCUUGCGUUAACGGCGGAGCAUGCCGCGUGGUUCCUGCAGGGUUCGAGUGCCAGUGUCCGCCGGGCUGGGAGGGUCUGACCUGUGCCAACAAUCUGGACAAGUGUGCCUCCGGCCCAUGUGCUCAGGGUGGAACAUGUAUCAACCUGGAGGACGACUUCAAGUGUGUGUGCCCUCCACAGUGGGAGGGAAAGACCUGCCAGAUAGAUGCAAAUGAGUGUGCAGGAAAUCCCUGUGUGAACGCAUACUCUUGCAAAAAUUUGAUUGGCGGCUAUCACUGCGACUGUUUUCGCCGAUGGUCCGGAAAAAACUGUGAAAUCAACAUCAAUGCCUGCCAUGGUCAGUGCCAGAAUGGAGCAACAUGCAAGGAGGGUCAGAGAGGUUACCACUGCCAGUGUCCUCCAGGUUUUGUGGGCUCUCUCUGUGAAAUCCAGAGGAACAGAUGUGACAGCAGACCGUGCCAGAACGGCGGCCAGUGCCACGCAGUGUUGGACAGCUUUGUGUGUCAAUGCCCACCGCAGUUUGCUGGACAGCUGUGUGAGAUCUCUGGCUGGGCUCCUUCAGACGCUUGUGAUCUAAACCCGUGUGAGAAUGAGGCCGAGUGCCACAGCAUGGAGCACGACUUCUACUGCGCGUGUCCCGAAGGCUACGAGGGAAAGACGUGCGAACGGCUCAAGGAGAACUGCCAAAACCCCCCGUGUCAAGUGAUUGACAGCUGCAUUGUUGCUGUAGCGACCAACGACUCAGCUGGAGUGCGGCACAUCUCCUCCAACGUCUGUGGUCCACGAGGACGCUGCAUCAGCCAACCGGCCGGCAACUUCACCUGCAUGUGUGAUCCGGGUUUCAGUGGCAUCUACUGCCAUGAAAAUAUUAACGACUGCAUCCAUAACCCCUGUGGAAACGGAGGGACCUGCAUCGAUGGCGUGAACUCCUUUCAGUGCGUCUGUCCUGACGGCUGGCAGGGUCGACUCUGCGACCUCAACGUCAAUGAGUGCAGACGCAACCCGUGCAAGAAUGGCGGACACUGCGUGGACCUUGUGAACGACUUCUACUGCGAGUGUGCCGACAACUGGAAGGGCAGGACCUGCCAUUCCCGCGAGAGCCAGUGUGACGCAACCACCUGCAGUAACGGAGGCACCUGCUACGACCACAGGGACGCCUUCCGCUGUGCCUGCCCACCUGGUUGGAAAGGAAACACAUGCAACACAGCCAAGAACAGCACAUGCGCCUCCAGUCCUUGUUUCAACGGUGGAACCUGCGUGGGAGGAGGAGACACCUUCACCUGCAUCUGCAAAGAGGGCUGGGAAGGCCCCACUUGUGACCAAAAUAUAAACGACUGCAACCCUCAUCCAUGUUACAAUGGCGGUAUCUGUGUGGAUGGAGUCAACUGGUUUCGGUGCGAGUGCGCUCCCGGUUUCGCCGGACGAGACUGCAGAAUCAACAUAAAUGAUUGCCAGUCUUCACCCUGUGCCUACGGCGCCACCUGCGUGGACGAGAUCAAUGGUUUCCGUUGCAUCUGUCCGCUUGGUAGAACAGGAGCCCGAUGCCAAGAGUUUAUCGGUAUUGGGAAGACUUGUCACUAUGCUGGGCUGCAGUUUCCACACGGCAGCCACUGGGAGGAAGAGUGCAACAGCUGCCAUUGCAUCAAUGGCAAAAGGGACUGUACAAAGGUGCUGUGUGGUCGUCGUCCCUGCCGGCUUCACACCUCCGGCCUGGACCAGAGACCGCAGUCCUGCCCGGCUGGACGAGAGUGUCUGGAGCACAGCUACCUCACGUGCUUCUCCCCCCCUUGCCAUCAGUGGGGGGUUUGUUCCACGGCAAAACCCUCACCUCCACAAGCAACCACCAAGUGCCAGCCAAACAACCGGCAUUUGGACAACAGCUGUGGCCGCAUAACACUCGUUUUCAACAGAGACAAAAUACCAACAGGAACAACAGUGGAGAACAUCUGCUAUGAGCUGAGGUAUCUUCCUGACACACGGCGCUUGGCAACAGACCACGCCCUUCUCCUGCUGUGUGACCUCGCUCAUUCGAAUCAGGACGCUGUAGAGGUGGCUAUAUCUUUCCAGCCGGAGGAUCUACCAGACCACAGUCUGAUCCAGGAGGCAGCCAGCGCCAUCGUGGGCACUUUGUCCAAGCAGCACAACAGCACCGUGUUGCUGGCAGUCAUUGAGGUCAAAGUGGAAACGCAGGUCAUGCCCCCCUCAGUGGAUUACCUGGUGCCACUACUAUGUGUGAUCUUCUGCUCGCUCUGCCUCUUCUGCAUCAUCGUAUGCGUUUGGUGGACGCGCAAGCGGAGAAAAGAGCGCGAGAGGAACGCACGAUCAGCCGCCGACGACAACGUGAACAACCAGUGGCAGCCGCUACGGCUCGUUGUGGGAAGUCAGCAGCAGCAGCAGCUGAAAGAAAGCAACAGGGAAGCAGAGCAGGAGCGCAAAAAGCUCAUGGGCCCCUCCUAUCGGACGUGUGAUGAUGAUGAUGAGGAGGAGGAGGAGGAGGAGGAGGGGGAGGAGGAGACUGCAGUGCAGUCCAGUGGGGGAGUGAUCUGUACCAUGCACAGCUCCAGUUCACCCCUCAAAGCGCCCCACCGGACCCCAGGCUACAGCCCCAAAGACAACCGCUGGAAAAAUGUCAGUGCCGUCUUGACCGGUCAAAAAGACCUCAGAGACCAUUGUAUAUAAGAAAUUUAAACAAAAGACUCCCAGGAAGCGAGAGAAGCUGCAAGGCAGCGACUAUUCUUAUUUUUGGACUACUUUUGGGAAGAAAAAAAGGCUUUGUGUUUUAAUAAGCCAUUCUUUAUGUUGUUUUUGUCACUGUCACCUGAAAUUAUUUUUGGAUUCAGGAGGCUAGAGCCCAGUGAACAUCCUUUUUUUUUUUGCUUCUGUUCACUUAUUUUUCUUUAAUUAUGUACAGAAGGAGCUGAAAUGUGACAAUUUUUUCAGGAGGCAAAAGAAGCUCUCAAAACAACCUGUAUAAAGACUUAUUUUUUGUUUACAGACGAUUAUGAUUUCGUUAAAUUGUCAGCGGUCUCCUGUUCAGUGUCUGUGGGGGGCAGAUACACGUUAAAGGGACAGUAGAGGAAGGGUUUUGUGGGAAACGGACUGUUGCAGCCACAGUAACAGAGGAAACCCUCCUUUUGCUCUGUCUCUUCCCGGCUUCGCCCACCGAUCCACCUGUGGCCAUCAUGCGCCAGCCUUACCGAAACACUUGGCCUGGAGGGGAGAGGGGACAGAAACCCCAGUGCCUACUAUGUGGCCUUCCAUUUUUGUUCUUCUGUCUCGCAGUUGUCUUGGCUGAAAGCUCUGUUUUGAGGAUGUUUUGCAGUAUUUGAGUUGGUAGCAAGUGCCUUUCUAAGAGCCGUGUUCGAGGCUCCAAGUCGCGCUGCCCAGUUUGUUCCUUGUUCUCAAAUCUCAAAGGGAUAUAAGUGUACAUCUAGAGAGUUCAAUUUCACAGCAACGCCAUUCAAGGUAUUUGAUCAAAACAGAAAUUAAUACUCUGUACAUACGUGUAAAUACUAAAGGAGUCGCUGUGUAUAUUUGAAAUAAGUAACUUAAAGACAAGUCACACAUUUUUAUUAUUAUUAUUAUUAUUGUUAUAAUUAUUAUGAUUAAUAUUAUUUUUAUUUUUUUUACAACGCCAUUCCUUUUAUUUAUGCCAGUUGAAAUAGGCACGUUUUAUAACACUUCAUAUCCAGAGUCCCACAGUUAAGAACCGUUACGAUGAGUUGCCACCUAUGAAGGAAUUUCUGAAGGGUUUAUAAAUGGUUAGACACGAGGACGCAUUUCUUUUUUUGUGACAGACUGUCACAUUGAGCGCUUUUUAGUUACGGCCAAUCAGCGAUGCUUCUCAACUUCAACUUUAUACCCUUACCAUAAAAUAAAUGGCCAAAAAGAUUGCUACUUCCAUUUACAAUUUUGAUGAUAAAACACUGUAUUUGUCCCGGCUAUAUGUGGUACAACAUUACUACAGCUCAAUCUUCAACUUCCUUUUUGCUCUAGAAUUCUACCAGCAUGUCAAAGUUAACUUCUUUGACUUGGUCACAUGUUUGACGUUAGAUAUUAUGGCCUGGAUAGCUUUUUUUUAGAUGCAAAUAAAUCCCAAUUCUCUUGCACUGAAUUUUUCUCUAUUGAAGGAAACCUGUAUUGGUAUUAGGAAGAAGUAUAAAUGAUUCAUCUUGUUCUUAGCAUUUCAUAAUAACAGAUUUUAUAACAUGGUCAUAUUUAAAGGGGGAAGUCAAAGAAUUUAUGAAAUAGGGGGGGAAACUUCUGAAACGCUUAAUCAGGAUUUAGUUAAAAAAAAGUGAUUUCAAAACUGUAGCUUUUGGCAGGCAGUGCUGCAAAGCUGCCAACAUUUAUAGCCUUAAAAAGUUCUCAAACCAUUUCUAAACCCAUCACAAACCCUUUUGUUUCAGGUGCCUUAAUAUAAUGAGUAAUGCAUUAUUUGUGUAUCAAUGGUCAUCUUUUUAUGUUGUUGGUUUGGUUUCACUAUUAAGGAAAGUAACUCUUUAAAACAUUGUGUGGUGUAUAGUGGCGUGUUUUAUUCGCCUGAGUAAAGUGCUCUCCUUGUGUCGCUUUGCUGUCAUGGAGAUUUCUGGAAUAAAACACUUGAUGGAUGGAAGAUUUAAAAAAAAAAAAAAAACGUCCACCGUGACUCUUUUCAGUGUCAUGUGUGGAUGUCAGUCG